GAUAUAUCCGAGAAUAAACUACACACACCGGGAUUAAAUAGAGCAGGGAACAUGAAGACACUGCGCUGUGCAGCCGCGGAGGCAGCUCAUUAUUACCGGAGGUGAAACGGGAAAAAUGAACGAGGACACGCGCCCAGACGAUGACAGCUACAUUGUGCGUGUCAAAGCGGUGGUGAUGACCAGAGACGACUCGAGCGGCGGCUGGUUGGCGCAGGACGGCUGCCUGAGCAGAGUGGGCGUCUGCAGACUGCUGCCCAACGAACUGCUGGGCCGAAACACGUUCCUCAUCCACGGAGAACGGCUCAAAGACAGACAGGUGAUUCUGGAGUGUUUCUUAAAGAAGGAUCUGGUCUACACGAAGGCCACGCCGACGUUCCACCACUGGAAGGUGGACAACAGAAAGUGUGGUUUGACCUUCCAGAGUCCAGCCGACGCUCGAGCCUUUGACCGCGGAGUGAGGAAAGCUCUGGAGGACCUGACAGAAGGGUCGACUACAUCCUCGUCGACGCUGCAGAACGAAGCGGAGCUCGGCGAUGACGACGUGUUCACGACCGCCACCGACAGCUCGUCCAACUCCUCCCAGAAGAGAGAGCCGGCGAUGCACACGCUGGCUCCGCUCAACUUCUGCGAGCCCCGCCGGCACCACUGCAUUCUGGGACAUUUCUACGAGCAGCACCGGCCCUCAGAUCACUACUUCCUGGACCAGGUGCACAUGUUCCCUCAUCACGUCAGCUUCCAGGUGGAGGAGGAGGAGAUCGUACGCAUCAACCCUCGCGAGCGCACCUGGCUCACUGGCUACGGGGACUAUCGCCACGCCAACACCACCCGGGACAAACUCACGCAGCCCGACAACCCUGACGCCUACGUCCACUUCAACAAGAGCGAGCCGCCCAAGCAGGACAGCUACAGCUAUCCAUACCCGCUGGGCUGCGACGGCAAACCCGGCUGCCUGGAGCUGGGCGGCGGCCGCAGAGCCGUGGUGACGGUGCAGCCGCGAGCUCUGCAGCCCAAAGGGAAGCGGCGGACGGACGACGGCGAGCGCUCCCGCUGCGUCUACUGCCAGGACAUGUUCAACCAUGACGACAACGGGCGAGGACGCUGCCAGGAAGCGCCCGACCCGAUCCAGACCUGCAUCCGGCGGGUCAGCUUCAUGUGGUGCGCGGACAGCCUGCUGUACCACUGCAUGUCGGACACGGAGGGGGAUUACUCGGACCCGUGCUCCUGUGACACCAGCGACGAGCGCUUCUGCCUGCGCUGGGCGGCGUUGGUGGGUCUGUCGCUGCUGGCUCCGUGCAUGUGCUGCUACGGACCGCUCAGAGCGUGUUACCGCUGCGGAGUCGCCUGCCACUGCUGCGGCGGGAAACACAAAGCGGUAGGCUGA